UUUUUUUUGCCUGAUAUCAUGAUAUAUAUUUUAAAAAAUAUAUGUUUUUUUUAUUCGCAAAGACGUAUUCAAGAUAUACAUUUAUCCGCUGUGAUUAGGGAAAAGACAUGUUAAGAAUAACGUGUUGUUGUUUUUUUUUGUUUUGUUUUUUUACAAGCCGUUUUUGUCCUCACUUGUAUCGUGAGAUCCAAGCCUUGUCAUAAUUGAAUAUUUACUGGACAAUUCUCCAUUUCAUUAAUACACCCACAUUUAUUAAUUCGUUCAUUUGCUCAGCUCGCUCUGUGCGUCGCAGGAGAAUCGCGUCACUGCCCUGUGGGGAGUUGUGUCGCAUGAAAAUGACGUGAUUGCGCGGCUACGCGGAACUAUUGGCUGUAGUUGGAGCCAAUUCACGUUUCAAGCUGAUUCCGUUUCCAAAACAGUCUUCAUCUAUGACUUGAUUUAAAAUGAAAACAACGGCCUCGUCGGUGUUGCACUUUAUGUUGAUAACGAGUGUUAUUGUACAUGCUUUUGAACCUAUAACUACAACCAUUGUGGCAGGAGCCGGCAUAGCCGCUUUCGGAAACCAUUUGUACAAUUAUAUAUUUGAGACUUGUAAUCAACACUGGAUCGGUUUCAACGCGACUGGUCUUGAAGUGGAUCUGCAGAGCAAGCUGAUUGGCCAGCAUGUAGCAUCCCGUGUCAUCCUCAAAGCUGUGACUGGCUUCAUGAACAACGAAAACCCGAAGAAGCCCCUUGUCCUCUCGCUGCAUGGCUGGACCGGCACAGGAAAAAACUUUGUCAGUCAGCUAAUUGCCAAAAACAUUUACCAACGUGGAAUGACGAGCGGAUUUGUGCACUUGUUCACUGCCACGGCACACUUCCCGCAUGAAGCGGAUCUGGACUCGUACAAGUCCCAACUGCAGCGGUGGAUAAAGGGCAACGUGUCCGCCUGCCCACGCUCCAUGUUCAUAUUCGACGAGAUGGAUAAGAUGCACCCGGGCCUGAUCGACAGCAUCAAGCCCUACUUAGAUUUUUACGAAACUCUAGACGGAGUCUCCUACCGCAAGGCCAUCUUCAUCUUUCUAAGUAACGCCGGAGGUGAAAACAUCGUGCAGGUGGCGCUGGAUUUUUGGAAAGCAGGAAGGGAUCGAGAAGAGAUCGAGCUGAAGCAUUUGGAGACGGCGCUGUCCCUGUCCGUUUUUAACAACAAGAAUAGUGGUUUUUGGCACACUAGCCUAAUAGACAAGAACAUGGUGGACUUCUUCGUGCCAUUCCUCCCCCUGGAGUACAAACACGUGGUGCAGUGCGGCCGAGCCGAGAUGAUCAGCAAGGGCCUGGAACCCAACGAGGAAGCUGUGGAGCAAAUGGCGCGCGACAUGAACUAUUUCCCACGCAACGAGCGUGUCUUUUCCAUGCAGGGCUGCAAGGUUAUCUCCAGCAGGCUGGAUUUCUACAUCUAAACCGAAGGAAACUCAACGCCGCGUGUACGUCCUCUGAAGAACCGAGGCUCGGUUCGAGAGGGAACCGUAUCCGCAGUAUCCACGGAGGAUACUCGCUUCAUAAAAUCCACCUGAACACUACUCUGAUGUCACUCGUCACGUGUAUGAGGAGGAAGCAGUAUUUUUUUUUUAUUGAUUGAAAUGGUUUCUAUUACUUCUGUUUUUAACAUGAAUUAAUGAAAAAACGAUGCAGGCUUGACUCCUUGUUUUUUAAGGAGGAUUCAGGUCUCGUUAUCGAUUCGGUGGCGGCAUGAACGUGUUGAAUCUUAAACGGUCAUUUUUCAUGACCCUAUUUUGUGCAUUGUCAUGCACUCGUAAUGAACGAAAUACUUUUGUUUGGCAUAAUUAUUAUUAUUUUUUUUAUGUGUGUAAACAGAAAAAAAAACAGCUUAAUGUCAAAAUCCUAUACGGUCUGCCAAUUACACCCUUUUAUCAAAAUCAUUUAAGAAAUGUUUACAUAUUUUUUGCCAUUGGUGUCCAGCUCACUGAAUCGUUACGCUAGAGAUUUUAAAAUGUAUUUCCCAUUAAAUUCUUAUGAAACCGCAGCAGCCAGGAAGAAGCAGUCCUACCAACAAAGCGUCGUUUCCCAGACAUCACUACAGGAAAUGUUUAUGCGUUGAUGUGUUAACGCUCACAGUACUUCCACUUUAUAAUUAUUAUAAUUAUAAUUCUAAUCAUGCUUCAUGUUCCACAUAAGAGGAUGUCUUUCCAGCGGAGGAAAUGGUCUGAAGAUACGUAUAUGAAUGUUUUUGUAGGUCUCAAUGAUGGUUUGACCGUCCACACUUUUGGUCUCGAUUGUUUUUUGUUCAUUUGCAGUUGCCCUGUGUCAAAAACGUUUCACGAAUCUGAUUACUUUCACUAAACCUGAUAAACUUGA